AAAAGUCAUUGAGAAUGGAUUUCGAUUCAUACGAAGGGCUGGACUCUCGGGUAGUGCAACGGAUUUUUUUUUCUGGUCUCAAUAAAAGUGAAUAAAUAUGUCGACUCUCAAGAGACAAGCUGAUGGUGUUAUCAUUUUUGGAGUGAUUUUUGGGCUUCUUGUGGCUAUUUCUACUGCUCCUACGACUGAUAUUCCAUCGACAACAAUGGAUGAUUCAUCUUCCCAAGAAUCGUUCGAAUCGGAUUCAUCCCGAUGGACACGCGACGCAACAAACGAAAUUCCACCGAUAAUCUCAGCAUCUCCGGAUAUGGUUUUGAAGCCGAACGUGACAGGUGCCCUAGAUGUUGGUCAUGGACUCCUGGUUCCUCUGGUACCAGUUGUAGAUCCAAAUUCCAAUCCCCCAACGACUCAAGUCAGUCCUCUGGUCGCAAAUCUCCUACCAAUAGCAAUUGAAUCAGUAACAACAACAGAAUUACCAGACGUACCACAGCCGGAGGUACGACGUUCUCUGGAGGACAUGGACGUCGCCGAAGACAUCGUCUUCAGACCAUUAUUUAGAUAUCGUCAAGAGGCACGUCAGAAAUAUCUACGCAACAGAUAUUAUCAGCCUUAUAUUUAUGCAUACAAGAAUCGUAAUAACAAUUAUUAUCAGAGCUACGAGAACAUGUGAAUUUUUAGUGACUGCACCAUAAAGAUUUUUUAUAAUUA